AACCCGGGAGCGGGAGAGCGGGGUGCGCCUGCACAGGGGAGGGAGGACCCAGCCGCUCCUAAACGCUAGCUCGGCCCUAAGACAUCGCCCGACCACAACUCCCGUGAUGCUGUGGGCGCCGAGCCUAGCAACCCAGAAGGCUAGGUGGGGCGACGGGGCGGGUUCUUCCCGAAGAUCAGCCAAUAGUAGCGCAUGGAAAGAAUGACGAGUGCUCCUGGCCAUCCAGUAGCGGACGGCGGGAGGUGCGUUGAACGCAUGCGUCUUGAGGAAAGCUAGAAAGAGGGUCUGCUGGCGGGACGCGUCGAAGACAUGGAGCAGGGUUACGGAGGCUAUGGGGCAUGGAGUGCUGGACCUGCCAACACCCAGGGUACAUUUGGAAGUGCUGUGGCCAGUUGGCAAGGUUAUGACAACUACAACUACUACAGUGCCCAAAACGCCACUGUCCCUGCAGGAGCAACAUAUAACUAUGGCCCAACUUCAUGGGAGGCUACCAAGGCCAGUGAUGGUAGCCUGGCAGCUGGAGGCGCUGCCGUGCACAUGGCCUCUUAUGGCCCAGAGCCAUGCACUGACAAUUCCGACUCUCUCAUUGCCAAGAUCAACCAGCGUUUGGACAUGAUGUCCAAGGAAGGAGGCAGGGGCGGGAGCGGCAGCAGUGGGGAGGGCAUACAGGACCGGGAGAGCUCCUUCCGCUUCCAGCCAUAUGAGUCCUAUGAUUCCAGGCCUUGCUUGCCUGAGCAGAAUCCCUAUCGCCCCAGCUACAGCUAUGACUAUGACUUUGACCUGGGGACUGAUCGCAAUGGCAGUUUUGGUGGGCAGUACAGUGACUGCCGGGACCCAGUCCAAGAGCGGGGCUCCCUUGAUGGCUUCAUGCGGGGCCGGGGACAGGGCCAGGGCCGCUUCCAGGACCGCUUCCAGGACCGCUUCCAGGACCGGAGCAGCGCCAGCACUUUCAUGCGUAGUGACCCCUUUAUGCCACCCUCAGCCUCUUCUGAGCCCCUAUCUGCUUCCUGGAAUGAGCUGAACUACGUGGGUGGACGAGGCCUGGGAGGCCCCUCCCCCAGCAGGCCGCCUUCUUCCGUCUUCUCCCAGUCUUUGGCCCCGGAUUAUGGCAUGAUGGGCAUGCAGGGGGUGGGCACUUAUGACAACACCAUGCCUUAUGGAUGUGGCCGGUCACAACCUCGGAUGCGGGAUCGGCCCAGGAGGAGAGGGUUUGACCGCUUCGGACCAGACAGCAUGGGCAGGAAGCGGAAGCAGUUUCCCACAUAUGAGGAGCCAGAUGCCAAACUGGCCCGUGCUGACAGCGAAGGAGAUCUUUCCGAAAAUGAUGAAGAAGCUGGUGACUUCCGGUCAGGAGAUGAAGAAUUAAGGGGUGAGGACGAGUUCUACGACUCCGGGAAGCAGAGAGGUGAAAAGGACGACGAAGACGAGGAAAUGAAGAAGAGACGGGAAAAACAAAGAAGGAGAGAUAGAACACGGGACCGAGCAGCUGACAGGAUUCAGUUUGCCUGUUCUGUGUGCAAGUUCCGUAGCUUUGAAGAUGAAGAAAUCCAAAAGCAUCUGCAAAGCAAAUUUCACAAAGAGACGCUGCGGUUUAUAAGUACCAAACUGCCUGACAAGACAGUGGAGUUCCUCCAGGAGUACAUCAUAAACAGGAAUAAGAAAAUUGAAAAGCGGCGUCAGGAACUGAUGGAGAAGGAAAGCCCCAAACCCAAACCAGAUCCAUUCAAAGGGAUAGGCCAGGAGCACUUCUUUAAGAAGAUAGAAGCCGCACACUGCCUGGCCUGUGACAUGCUGAUUCCUGCACAGCACCAGCUCCUCCAGCGGCAUCUGCACUCAGCAGAUCACAACCACAACCGCAGGUUGGCUGCUGAACAGUUCAAGAAAACAAGUCUCCAUGUGGCUAAGAGUGUUCUGAACAACAGACAUAUCGUGAAGAUGCUGGAAAAAUACCUCAAGGGUGAGGACCCUUUCACCAAUGAAACUGUAGAUCCCGAAAUAGAAGGAGAUGACAAUUUAGCAGGUGAGGAUAAGGAAGAGACACCAGAGGAGGUGGCUGCAGAAGUCUUGGCAGAGGUGAUCACAGCAGCUGUGAGGGCUGUAGAGGGGGAAGAAGAGCCAGCUGCACAGCACGGUGAAGGGCCAGCUGAAGGGGAAGGCCCCGUGGACAUAACCAAGGCCAGUAGUGACCCCCACACUGAACAGCCCCUGGAAGAACAGACCUCCUGUGGGACAGCUUCUGAGGAGGAGGACACGGAAGGCAAGGCCAGAAGCCAGGCAGUGAUGCCACUAGCAGAGACAGAAAGCACCAUAACUGUUGCUGCUUCUGUCCCCACUGCCACAGAAGCUGAAGUGGGGCAAACUUAUGCUGAGUCCAAAGAUGAUAUUCCCGCAGAAUGAUCUUUUUUCCCUGUUUCAAGGGAUGUUUUAUAUAAUAUGUUGCUCUUUGUUUGGUUUGUAAGCAGUAGGGUGUGUGUUACUGGAAUAUGCUGUAAAGUACCUUUGGUGAAGUCUCAGCCAUUUCUUUUCUAAACUGUGUUCUUCAUGGCUUGUUCCACACAGUCGUGGGGCUUCCCACCUCUGUUUAAAGGCUAUGGAAGCUGUACAUUUCCCAGAGCUGCCUUGAUGGGGUUUCUUUACA